GGAUAUUGGAAUAUAUGUGAACAAACAGUGGUUCUCCAAGGAGCACUGCUUCUAGCAGAGAAACUUGCCGUACACAGAACAUUGCUGGAGUUUAAGAAGCCUGACUGGCCUCUCAUUGAAAAGCCAAUAACUGAUGCUCUAAAGGAGAUCAGCUCAGGUACCUGGUCACAAAGCCACGAAUGGAGGAAAAGAGCCAUCGCUAUAUUCUGGGCCAAAAUUAUUUCAUGCCGGUCACAGCUGGCCCUGGAUGCCGAACUGGACAUCGAGAGGAAAUGGAAAGAGGAUGUUUUUUUUCCAGUGGGAAACAUGAUGCCAAAAAUAAAUCAUACAGUUCUGUAUGAACUGCUGAAAGCUUCAAAGGCAGCAGAUAUAUUUGCAGAACUGCUGUUGGCACUGCCAGCAAAUUUUUGGGUGAAUGAAGUAUCCUUGUUGCUAGACCAUCUUUGUGAUGAAAUAUCUAUAGAAGAUGUGACUUUCUUUUUGGAUGUGUGGUGGGAACUAAUGAAAGGCUAUAAGCACAGACAGGAUGAGACUGUUAAGAUAUUUUCAGCUGUUGCAUGUCAAUACUUGUCUAAAACAAACGAUGACCUUUUGCCGAGCUCAAAAAGAUUUAAACCUGACCCUGAGCAAGUUUUACCUCCAAAUAAUAGUAUUCUUUCAGCAAUUCUGGAUAGGCUUCAUAAAAUUAGACCGUACAUCGCUAAUGUCAAGCUGAAGUGCUGCACAAUUGCUAACUUAGCAGACAUGUUAUGCUCUUCUGCAUUUCUGGAGAAAGAGUCAGGGCAUCUUCCCGUAAGGGAGUACUUAGAGAAACUGGUUGCUGUCCUUUGUUUUUGUAAUACGGGAGCCAAAAACCUUCAUCCCCAAAGCUACCUCCCAGAAAUGAUAAGGGAAGCAGAGAGGGUUGUUCAGGGUGGAAACAUAGCUUCCACAUUUAGAUUAACAAAAGAGGCUCAGGACUUUAGUUUAAAUCUACUCAAAGAUCUGCUCCUUCAGUGGGGAGAAGAACUGCACAAUUAUAUGAAUAACAAUGACGAUAUUGGGUAUGAGUGUUAUAGAAUGAACAGCAGCCUGGCAUCUUUGCAGAAAAUUCUGCUUACAUUGGAAUGUCCAGAGCAAAGAGCGAAUGGUUUAGAAAUGGCAAAGUAUAUCACCAGCCUACAGGAGAAGACUGCAGUGGCUCAGAUAAAAUACACAAGAAAUGACACUGACACAAUGGCAGUUGUUACCAUGAACAUAAUUAAGGAUAAGAUGGACCGCUAUGAGGAAGUUUGCCAUUUCUUUGCUUCAGAAGUUGCCUGGGCAUUUACUAAUUACUGGUUCGAUUGCCUUAACAAAAACAAAGCACUUUUUCAGGAUGCAGACCUGAUUUUCAAAUUACUGGAAACUGUGGAUAAAGCUACAUCAGAGCAAUGCAAUCAAAAUAUCAAGCAAAUUGAAAAGUGUGCCAGUAUUGUAUUAGAUCUGUACUGCAAACUCCCUUUAGAAAAGAUGAAUAAUGUGCUUAUGAGAGUGUUAUGUAGAUGGGGAAAGAAAGGGCUGUCUCAUUGCAUGAUGGCAUUUACAGAUCACUUCCAGGAAGAGCUCAACAUGACAUUCAAUCAGAUCUCCCAGAAUGUAACGAAUGACAACCCUGUUACUAGAGUGGCCAGACUGGCUCUGCUGCACCCUGAACAAGUGGUCAGCAGAGCAUGUCACAUUGCUGUGACCAACCUUGGUGCUCAUGUCUUUUUAUCAAAGAUACUGAUCUCACUUCCUGCCUUAGGUUUUAGCAAUUCUAAUAACUCAGAGGUAUCAGACUCGUUAAUAUGCAGGUGCUUGAUGGAAACCUGCUGGGGCAAACUUUCCUCAGAUAAGGAAGAAAGUCAGUUUUUAUACUUGCUGGCUUAUUUAAUGGGAUUUUCUGAAAAUGCAGAGAAUAACACAGCAUCUGUACUGCAGCCAGCAGAAGUGGUAAGGACAUUUGUUCUUCCAUACCUACUUGAUGAAUGCGUUCAUUUGAAGUCCUGUUUGUAUAUUCUUCAAAAGGCACUUGGUGUAGCGAAUCCACUAGAUACCUCCUGCAAGCACUGGGUUUUGUCCUGCUCCCCAUUUCCACUUCUUAUGUCUCUAUGUAAACUCCUCAAUAGCUAUAGUAGGUGCUGGCAGCAUUCUGAUCAACCAUAUUGCCUUACAUUGGAAUCCAAAGAGUUAAUAAUUGAAAUUCUCACUCAGAUAUUUAUUGUGAUCUUGCCAGAGGCUGAUAAUAGUACAGAAACUUGGAACAAGUCACUCUUCUGGCUGCACAGAAAAAUGGAGCACUUAGAUUGGGUUGUACAGUUGAGAAUGAAACCAAUAUUUGGAAAGCACUUUAAGUAUGAAGUCCCAGCUUCUUUGUUUGAGGUUUGCAAACUUUCAGAGGAUGAGUGGACGACACUUCACCUUCCAGAGUAUGGGCUGGGAACAGGUCUUUUGGCUUGGAUGGAAUGCUGUUGUAUAUCAGGAGACAUGAAAGACCAAAUGCUGUCACUUUUGUGUGUCAACAUAGAGGACCCAGAGGAGGUCAAUCUCUUUAGCAAGGGGUUCUUGGUGGCCAUGGUUCAAGUCCUUCCUUGGUGCAGUUCAACUGAAUGCAAGCUUCUCAGUCAAGUUGUGAGGACUCUCCUGGAAAAACAACUUCUCCAUGUGCCAUAUACUCUGGAAUAUGUGCAGUACAUGCCUCUCCUUAACCUCCGGCCAUUUGCCUCCCAUCUCCAGUACUCUGUCCUCCUCUUACGAGUUUUCCAGCUCCUCUGCAGCUCUAGCUGUUCUAAUUGGCUUACGCUUGAUGGCCAAAAGCAUAUUGCAAGGCUUUACAGUGGCUGCAUCUCGGAUAUAUUGGAUGGAAUUAAACAGCAGUUGUUGGACUGUAGUCUUCAGUUACAGAAGGAACAGAAAGAAGCAGAGUAUGUUCAGGAGGUUUUGUUCAUUUAUAGUCAAGUGUUUUGCCAUGUCCUCCAUAUUAUAGCAAUGAUGCUGGAAAACACAUGUGAACCUCUUUUCUUUUUGUCCCUUGAAAUCCUCUCCUUGUAUGAGACCCUACGAGCUAGUGACACUGAUAAAAAUAGCUUGCUGAGAAAAGAAAAUGAUAGACACUUCUUAAAGUCCAUCACUGAGAGCGUGAGUAAUGAGCACCACCGGGUCACUCUGAUGCAGAAAAUUAACAAACUUUAA